AUGAGUGAAGGAAUCAGGACGCGUAGUAAGGAUAACCGGAGGAGCAACAGCACAAGCCAGAAGACUGGAAAUGUGCGUCAGGUUCAUUUUAAAAGUAGCUUAAGCUCCGAUCUCACUUUCCUCUUCCCGGACAACGAUGGCUCCAAGUUGAUGGUUGAGAAGCAUCGUCUUAUGGAUAAGAGUGACGUCUUCAGAGCCCAAUUUGCAACAUCUCUCAAGGAUUCUCAUGUGCACCUGAUCACAAUCAAUGAUAUCUCCUUCAAUACCUUCCUCCUCAUGAUUAAUCACCUCUAUGAUCAAAAGGUGGCUAUAAAUGAGGAGAAUUGCCUAGAGAUGCUCUAUGCAUCGCGAAAGUAUUGCAUCAACACACUCACGUAUGACAUCAUCAAAUUCCUCGUGGGCUUUAUCAAGAAGGAAAAUCUUGCGGAGCACUUUGAGGCAAUUGACAAGUUUGGGUUGAAAAUGCUCAAUGAGCACAUGGUGAAUAUCUGCACCACAUCUCCUCUGAUGAUCAUCGAACGUUUGACCAUUUCUUCCCCUCACAAGCGCAUUUUGGAGAUAAUCCUGCAAUCCUCGUGCCUUCCUUGCUCAGAGUUUGACCUGUAUCGCACGAUCCUGCGAAUGCUGAAGAGGGAAUUCCGGAGGCUACGAAAGCCCAUCAUUGAGGAGGAGUUCAGAAAGGAAUUGGGAUCGAUGGUGUACCUCAUUCGUUUCCCAUCGAUGACAUCAAAGGAACUGAUUGCAUGCGGUAUGAAGCCAUCUCUGCUGAGCGGACAAGAACUCAUUGAUAUUCAGCUGUGGGUGGAGGGACAAGUCUUCACGAACACCCUGCAGCAUUUCUCAGCAUCACCAAGAUUUGCAAAAGCUAUUCCUCACACCAACAGGAAUGCCUCGUUGUCCAGUUCAAAUGCAUCCACGUGUGCAAUUGAAAAUGCGCCAAGCACCACGCAACGAAAUGCAUCAAACUCCAACGUAUGCACCUGUGGGAUGUGCAUCACACCGCCCACACCUUAA